UCGCGUUCAUCUCCACCGCGUCCCGCUCCCAAUGUCCCUCGCAGACUCUCCUGGCAAGCAGGCCAAAAAGGCCAAAAAAUCAAAAGAUGCGCUGCAAACAGGACAACACACACCGGUAGCCAGCACGUCUUCUGCACCCUCCGAGGGCAAGAAGAAAAAGAAGAGCAAGUCGCGGGCCACAGCAGACGAGGAAGCACCCGCACAUCCUCCUUCCGAUCAAACGAAUCGAAGCGAGGCGCAUGCCAGUGACGACGCAUGCCGAUGCAAGGACGGCGGCGAAGCCAUUGCUGUGGCUGCGCCUGCACUGGAGGACGGUAUCGCCACCACUACAGCCGCGGAGCGGUCAAAGGACAAGAAGAGCAAGAAGAGCAAACACAAACGCGAGGACGCCGAUGUAGCCAAGAACUCGCACAAAGGAAAAGGAGUUGAUGAGGUAGAGGACGAGGCCGAAGCAUCGCAAGUGACGAAGAAGAGCAAGAAAGAGAGGAAGCGAAAGCGCGAUGCUCAGGCAGAGGGCGAUGCCACUGCUGUUGAGACCGGCGAUGCCCCGGCGGACGUGCCGAAGAAGAAGAAACGAAGACGCGGAAAGACAGACUUCCCCAGUCCUGCAGAGGACGAGGGUCUCAGUGAGCAGGCUUCCAAAGCCUUGCAGUAUGCGUUCAACCACUUCGACGACCCCAGCUCUUGGAAAUUUAACAAGGCGCGGCAAAAUUGGCUGGUCCGCAAUCUAUGGUCCCAGCAAGCUAUACCCGACACAUACAUUCCACUGUUGACACAGUACCUGGCGGGCGUAAAGGGAGGGACAAGAGAAGCCCUCAUCAAAACAUACGGCGGAACUGAGUCUACACCCGCUGAAUCCGAGCAGCCCGCCGCGGCUGCAUUAGACGAUCGCGAAAUCAAACGCGCUCGAGCAUCUGCUCUUCUGGCCGUUCUCCGCAACCUAUAAUAGCAUUACACAGAUACCGCUAGCUCAUGUCUGCACCACGCACAGAAUUUCGCGCCCUAACGUCCAUGUUCGCCUGAUAGAAGCAUACAAAGGCUUGCCAAAGCGAGCGAUUGGAUUGGCGAUACCUUGAGACGAGGGCUUGAGUUUGACCUGCGGGUCGACGUCGACUCCAUACGAGCACAAGUAAUGGUCAUUA